AGAACUCUGAGUGAGGACUGAGCCAGUAGACAGAACAGCCUGAGCCAGGAUGAAGGCUCUCAGGGCUGUCCUCCUGAUCUUGCUACUAAAUGGACAGCCAGGGAGCAAUGGGACACAAGAAGAUGAUGAUGUGGACCCAGAGCCAGAGAGCUACGAUGACGACGACGACGAUGAAGAGGAAGAGGAGGAGACCAACAUGAUCCCUGGAAACGGGGACAGAGCACUUCUACAGUGCUACUUCUGCCAAAUGCUUCACAGCGGGGAGAGCUGCAACCAGACACUGAGCUGCUCUGGCAGCAAGCCCUCCUGCAUCACAGUCAUCUCCCAUAGCGAAAUUGACAAAGGUUACCUGACUACCUACUCCAUGUGGUGUACUGAUACCUGCCAGCCCAUCCGCAAAACAGUGGAAAGAACCCAGAUGACCCAGACCUGUUGCCAGUCCACACUGUGCAAUAUUCCACCCUGGCAGAACCCCCAAGUCCAGAACUCUCUGGGUGGCUGGGCAGACAGCCCCCUGGAGAGUGGGACCAGACAUCCUCAAGGUGGACACCCCCAGGUUAUCAAGGUUGCUCAUCCUCCAAGUGAUGAGGCUACCUUGCCUAAGGGUGGCAGGGGUAACCAGCCCCAGGGAAGUGGGGCAGGAUGUCCUCCAGGCUGGACCAAAUUUGGUAAUACAAUCUUCAUGCUCAGUUUCAUCAUGAGUCUGUGGGCAUCAGGGGCCUGAAGACCUGUGGUCCUCCAACCAGGACACCCUGGCGUCUCUUCCCUGACAACCAGCUUCAGAGAAUAAACUUGAAUGUUUUUGCUGUCUA